AUUAGACAGUGAUCUUUAAUACACUGCAAUUGGUUAAUAUUGGAUGAUGAGACUCAAUGUCUUUUGAUCGAUGUUUCGCAGAUCAAUGAAUGCAACUUUUAUAGCAGACGACGGAAUCAGCCACUGAGCAGUAAUCCGUUUGACAUACGUUACUAAGACGCUUCUAGGGAAUUUAAUGUGAUUUUUUUCAGCGAGAAAAUUUCUCGAAUUGAAAUGAGUUUAACUAAGUUACUCUUCGAUUUCAAUAUGGUUUUGGUCAUGUUCGAUCGUCCGACGGCGCCUUAAAGAGUGUUUGUGUAUUCAUGGACAUUACAAGCAGUGAAGGAAGGCAUUGUCAAAGAUUGUGUGACUAGAAGAAGAGCAUAUUAUUGUACUCUAUACCCCCGGUUGUGGUGGAAUCGAAGUAGCUGUUGAUCGCAAACUAAACACGACUCUAUAUUUAUUCAGUGCUAGCUAUAAUCCUUCACAAAUACUCCCCACCACUUACACAGCACACGGAACAAAAACUUUUCAACAGUUACCAAAGAAAUGCGAUCAAGAAACCCCUCCUGGCACACCAAGGAAAUUCGAUUUUUUGAUUCAUGAAAGCGGCGCCGUAUUUCGAUUGUCAGCAAGUGUAAGCAGUCGUGAAAAUGGUGGUUGGAUGAGAUAGAUAAGUGAUAGAUGUAGUAUAGCAUAACAGACAAUUUAUAACAAGACUCUAAAAACAAUAGAAUCAGUAGGGGGUAGGUGUUAUAUGUUGGUGAAUCGCUGAGAUUGGAGUAUAAUUGUUUUGGUCGAUGUCUCUGAUAUCAACUAUGGAUAUCGUACAGACUCUGAUUUCCUUCUUCACCUUAUUACAAGUGGUACUCGCCUUAGGUUUUGGUAAUAAUACUAAGGAAGUUAUAUCGGCGGAGAAGGUAUUAAUAAAGAAACUCUUAGAAAGAUAUGAACGUCAGGGUAAAGUCGGGCGUCCCGUCGUCAACACAUCAGAUAGUUUAACUGUAUAUUUUGGACUGUCUUUAAUACAGAUUUUAGAUGUUGACGAAACGAAUCAAGUAUUGAAGAGUAAUAUCUGGUACCAUUAUAAAUGGAACGAUAUACUAUUACGAUGGGAUCCGAAAAAACACGAUGAUAUUCUCUUCAUACGGGUUCCUUCUAGUAAAAUAUGGCUACCGGAUAUAGUUUUAUAUAACUUUGCCGAUGAUCGAUUAAGGGAACAGCGGGAUGCUCUGGUAGUUGUGGACAAUAAUGGUACUAUUUUGUGGAUGCCGCAGGCCAUAUUAAAAAGUUCCUGUUCAUUUGACACGCUGUAUUUCCCCUUUGAUCAGCAGAAAUGUACGAUGAAGUUCGGAUCAUGGACUUAUAACGGAAACAAAUUAAACAUAGACUUUGUGUUACAAGAAUCGAUGGACAUGAGUGAUUUUGUCCACAACAACGAAUGGGACGUAACGAAAAACGUUGCUCAGCGAAAUGUACUUUAUUACAGUUGCUGUCCUGAACCGUAUCCCGACCUCACAUUUACGUUGUCGUUAAAACGCAAGGUGGCUUUCUAUACGUUCAUCUUGGUCUUACCUUGUGCCCUACUGAGUUUGUUGACACUAGUGAUAUUUUGGGUUCCUCCAGAAUCUCCAGCUAAAUUACAAUUAGGUAUGAGUGUUUUUGUUGCUUUUUUCUUCUUAUUGUUGGUGUUAGCUGAUUUCACACCUCGAGCAGCCGCCUCUAUACCUCUUAUUGGUGCGUAUUUUUGUUUAAGUAUGGUGAUGAUAACAAUGUCAACUGUACUGGCGUGUAUUGUAGCAAAUAUGUAUUUCCGAGGUGUUAGAAUUAACAGAGCACCAAGAUGGUUCCGAUAUUGUAUGGUGAAUUUUGUUGCCAGAAUUUUGUGUCUUAAAGAUAAGAUCGUGGAUAUAAACACCGAAUUACCCUCCAAGAAAAACUGGAGUAGCUGUGUCGUCACAGAACAAAAUGGCCGCUUUAACGAUCCGGAAAUCAAGUUUGCAAAAGUGAGACUAUUAGAUAAUGGACUCGAUUCAAAAAGUUCUUUGGAAUCAUCCGAAAGCGGGAAAGACAACAACGUACAAAUGGACAAUGGUCGCUUCAAUUACUUUAGUAAAAAUUGCGGCAUCUUUGACGAAGUGCGGGAAAUUCGCGAUAUUUUACAGCGUGACGAAGAGCGUCGUGUUAAAAAAGAAGAAAGAGACCAAUAUGUGUUGGAAUGGCGGGUUCUCGCUUGUAUCAUUGAUCGUCUGUUCUUUAUUAUAUACCUCAUGGUAAAUGUUGUGGGACUCAUUGUUUUAUUUACAGUGAAAUUUUAAAAUACAAGACAAUGUGAGAGUACAAACUAUACACAAUAAGACAGAAUAUGAUCACCAUCAAAAACAUACUUUUUUCACCAUAAUAUUAUGUAAGUGCCCAUGUAUUCAGCUCGGAGCCAAGGCUGAUUUUGUUAUCACUGUCACAUUACACACGCUUGGUGCGUUUCGUGCGUUUCUGUUUGAACUAAACAAUAUGCCUUGUACAGAUUGGCAGCACCAGAGAUGAUCUUGAUUUUGUAUGGCACCAGGUUUAGUAAAAAAAAAACAAUGACACCAACCCAAAUCGUAGAAUUAAACUUUAUUCAGUGAUAGUUUCAUAUUUUUACAUGAUUGUCCACCACUUAUAUAGUAUUUCACAGAUUCAGCGAUAGCAUCGUAUCUUCACAGAUCAAUCACGAAUUAUUUUAAAUAGGCCUAUGAAAUGUGAUUUUUGUAGCAAUAUUUGUAAACGUAUGAGACAUGUUGGCUUCAUUGAUAUAAAAUAUGCACGGACAUUCCUUGGGAAUGAGAAUAAUUACAUUUAAACAAUGCAGGUGCUCUCUUGAUUCAGAAACAGAUAGACUUAUUUCUAUAACGGAAUCUAAGAGAUGAAAUUGUUGUAGCCAUGUUGCAUUCGGUAAUAUGGAAAUUAUUAUUCAUCAUUAAAGUUCAGAGAUAUUAACGCGUAUUUUCCUCAUCUGUUAUUAAAUUAUGCUCACACAGAAUUUGCUAUAAUAAACUAGAUAUUAUAAAAUUGUGUGACACCACUAUAAUUCAUGAUUUUUAUUUGUGGUCCAGGAACUGGUUCCCGGGCGCUACUCAUCUCGUUCUUGGGGCGAUGCUCUUCCCAAAAGGCCUACGGCUCGAUCAGUUUAAGUACGAUCGACACGGCAUGUUUGCUUUGUUUCUUGGACAAAUUAAUGCGCAUCGAUUUUUUUUAUAUGACACUGCAUUCCAAGGUGACUGCAAUGACGUCAUGCUCGGUUCCUGGUUCACAUAGUACUUGUACUAUUUAACAUAGAUGGUCAUCUUCGCAAAAGGCCUAAAGCUCGAUCAGGUUAAGUAUGGUCGACAUGGCAUGUUUGGUUUGUCCCUUUGACAAUUACGCAUCGAUUUGUUUUAUAUGACACCACAGAUGGCUGCAAUGACGUCAUGCUCGGUUUCUGGUUCAUUGAUUGCGUCUCCUUUCUUAAUUAUUGCACAUAUAGCAUACAUUCUUCAUUUUGAAAAUGUAGCGUAUCUAAAUCAGAAAGUAGCUCGACACUUAAAAGAGUGAAUAAUGCUCUUGGUUAUCAUAGGAAUGACGUCAUUAUUGACCCCGACAGGUUCAAAGAGGAUGCGUCAUAUCACCAGGGAAAUCACUUUUACAAUGAAACCCUGAGUUCAAACGAAAGGUAAACGAUUACCGCGGACUCCCGAGUCUACCUAUUGAACAUGCUCAAAGAGUACACGCUUAUUUCAAACAAACAAGUUUCUAAUUGUUUGUUGAUAUCGUUUUUAAAUAUAUAAUAUUGUUGUUGACUUUAAAACAUUGAAAUAUUGCCAUUUUUAUUUGAAAAUAAAGAAUAAAAUAUAA